UUCUAUUGGCAACAGUGUGAAUUUGACAUUAUAUCUCUGUCAGAUGUGGACCUAAAUAAUUUAUAAUCAAAAUUACAAAAAAUGCCAUGAACCAACUAAACAAAUGUUGAUAUUAAUCUGGUGAUUUCGGAUAGAGAAUCCUUAUCCGGUGAUACGUGAAUUCAUAAUUUUCUGAUGGCUUCCUUUGAAAAUUUAGAAAUCCAGAAGUCCUUCAAAUACCUUAGAGAAGUCGAACUUGUAGCACAAGAUAUUCUUACAUUGAAAGAGGAGAAGUUACAACUAGCUCAUGCUCAGAACAAAUUCAGAGAAGCGUUAAAUGGACUUAAAAAUACUGAAGAUAGAAAAACAUGGAUUCAAGUCGGAUCUGUAUAUAUCGAGAGACCUGUAGAUGAAUGUAAAAUUAUAUUACAGGAUGAAAUCAGUAAGGCUGAAGAUGACUUGAAGAAACUGCAGGACGAAAUAAAGGAGAAAGUUUAUAAGCUUAGAGAUUUAGAACAUGAACCAAGAUUGGAAGGAUUUACACUAAAACCUAUAUCUGCAUCUGAAGCGAAAGCCCUCCAUAAAGGAUUUGGACUCAUUUAAUUAUAUUGAGAAUAACUUAAUAGGGCAUCAGGUGGAACCACUAAAACUGAUGAAUAGAGUUGAGCAAGGAGUUUGGAAAAUUUAAUAUUUUUAAAUUUGUUAAGUUUUUAAGAAAACAAAAAUCCCACUAAGAGCCCUUUCAAGCAAGGAUACUUAUGUGAAAUAUCAUAUAUGGGAUAACAUUUUUCAAUCAAAUACUUUUUACUUCCACAGCCCUCAUCAUUAUGAAAACGUACCCUGUGUGUUACAGCAUUUCUGUUUUUUAUUCCUAUUGUUGGAAUUUAGGUGUGCUAUAUCCCUCUAACAAGGAUUGGCUCUACCAUGAAUUAAUUUUUUCAUCAAAUUCUGCAUGUUUCAUUUCCAUGUACAAAUAUUACAUUUGCCCUUUUCUGAACUCAUUCACUACUUGAAUCAUACUCCUAUGUUGAACCAUAUUUAAUUUGAUAUCCAGCAUAUGCAUUCUGUUGCUGGCGGUCCAACUGUAAGAGAUACCAAAAUUUGCUUUCCGGGUACCAAAUAUGUUAUGAGUGCUGUGUUGAAAAUUUCACUUGUGUGUAUGCAAUAUCUAUAUCUUCGAUAUGUGUCUCUUACAUACAGUAUCCUUGUUUGAAGGUGAUUGACAAUGUUUCGUGAUGAAUUUCACUACUUCGGACUUCCAUUGUCUACUAUAUAAA